ACAGGAUCCAGCAGUGCUUCUGUAUCUCGGCCAGACUCAGUCCAGGACAACACGGUCCACCAGUCACAGACCUGCAGGACGAUGGAGAACCAGAACCCGGACCACAGGAGCCAAACAGCAGCCUCGUGCUCUGAUAGCACCGAUGUUCAGAAAUUGAGACAAAGAGAGGGACUCAAGCGUCACCACUGUCAGCAAUGUGACAAAUCCUACCCAAGAGCAGGAUCUUUAAAGAUUCAUCAGAGAGGUCACACUGGAGAGAAACCGUACAGCUGUGACCAAUGUGGAAAAGCCUUCACUCAAUCAGCUCACCUAGAAACCCAUCGACGUAUUCACACUGGAGAAAAACCAUACAUGUGUAACCUGUGUGGGAAACUUUUUGGUAAAUCAGAGCACCUUAAAAGACACAAACGUAUUCACACUGGAGAGAAACCGUACAGUUGUGACCAAUGCGUGAAAGCUUUCACUACAUCAGGUCAACUUAAACAGCACAGGCGUAUUCACACUGGAGAGAAACCGUACAGCUGUGACCAAUGUGGGAGAGCUUUCACUUCAAUCUCCUCCCUAAAAAGACAUCAUCUUUUUCACACUGGAGAGAAACCAUACUGCUGUGACAAAUGUGGAAAAGCUUUCACAACAUCAGUUCACCGAGCAAUUCACCAACAUCUUCACACUGGAGAGAAACCGCACUGGUGCGACCAAUGUGGAAAAUUUUUUGCUACAUCAAGUUACCUAAAAAGUCACCAACGUGUUCACUCUGAAGAGAAACCAUACUGCUGUGACCAUUGUGGGAAAUUUUAUUCUAAAUCAGGUGACCUAGAAAACCACAGACGUGUUCAUACUGGCGAGAAACCAUUCGGAUGUGACCAAUGUGAGAAAGCGUUUGCACGCAGUAGUACCCUGAAACGCCACAAACGCUCUCACACUUCUUCAUUUUGACCAUUUUUGUAAGUCAAGAGAGCUGUUUCAGCCUGCCUCGUCGUCCUGCCCUGAUAAUUGUGUUGUCUAGGGCUGCAUGAUGAUUCGAAUUGCAGUUGCCCCUGAGCUAUGCCACGCCGCAAAUAAGUACCUGGCAGAAUAUGACUCUCUAACUGAGGUUCAACACUUUCAUUGCUGCGCUCCAUUUACCCGUGGUCAAAAGGAGUUAUUUACUAGCUUUUUUCCCCAAGAUAUGCUAAAAUGCUGUUCCUGGGGCCCUUAAAAUAGUUAGUCAAUACCCAGAGAGGUUAAAAGAGAGAAUUACGAUUGAUUCCCUUUCGAAAACCUAAAACACAUCCAGAAAAAAGUAGGCUGUGGAUUACAGCUUCAUUCUUUAUUUGUGUCACACAGUUUGACAGCCUGAAUUAUAACCUUCAAAUGCACAAUGCUCUAACACUCUGUUCCAAAAGUUAGACAUUAUUUCUCCAGGGAGUGAAGUACUAGACAGCGGCAGUGCCGUGCUAAAGGUUCGACAGUUCCGACAGUUUGUCAGACUUACCACCACUAACGAAGGGGGGGUGUGGCUAAGCAAAGGGUCGUGAUGUCAACCUGUGCAAUUAUAGAACCUCAAAAGGGUGCGAUUUAAUCAAACAAAAAGUGUACUGUGUGUGUGAAAAAUAAUGAGCAGACUCAUUAUCCAUGCCCACACCGGGCUUUUGCAUGUGCCCCUAAAAACCAUACGUGCAAACUAAAGAAUUAUUAAUGAGCAGCGUGCGAGGGGGGGAAGGUGAGAAGGCUUUGGUUUGGCUAACUUACCGUUUAACGUUGGCUGUAUUGGUGCCUUUUUUUGUUCAACAUGUUCAACCUUCCAUAAAGCUGAUGUACUUGUCAGUGUCCCUUUUUGUAGAUCCAACCAAUCACAGCCUGGAUCGGGCAGGACACUAAAAAAAAAUUUGAUGUGCUACAGAAAACUUUCAAGUGGUAAACACGUUGAUUAUUGGCAAGUUGGCACUUAGCAUUAACAAAUUUGAGACCAAUGUAGAACCAUUUUCUUGCCCAAGGAAUUCAUGAAUAAAGCUACCCACAGAAAUGAAACGGCUGUAACUGGAUUUAAUAAUCAACUGGUGUUGAGUGAAAUUAGAUUUUUAUUUUCUUUUGUAUAUACUUUAUAGUGUCAGUACCCAUCAUUGAUACAUUUCCUGUUUUGGUUAAGUAUAGUAUUGUACACAUGAAGUAUUUGGUAGAUAUGUUCAGUUGUGUUUUCGGGGUUGUGGCUUUGGUGAAUCUUUACCGUGUAUCUCAGAAGGGGUGGAGAUCUCCAGGAGUUCUCAUGUGUACCUUUUUUCUCUCAAAUAGCUUCUCACUUGCAAAUAUCAACAGAAGUGAUUACUAGAGACCAUUUCUAUUAGCUGUAUCUUCAGAAUAGUCCACUCCUUCAUUAUACGUUAAGUAAAAUCUUGUGGGGCCCUCACCUUUCCAUGGCUUGGAAACAUCAUCAAUACUUUGUGGAGUAAAAUCUGGGUCCCAUGAUGUUUUUCUCAUACAGGUCAUGUCUUGAUCCUUCUGUUACUUUACAUAUUCUUGUCCAGAUUUUAAAUGUGUUAACUGUAUAUAGAGUAGUUAUGUAUUUUGAUCUGUUGUUAUUUUCUGUUGCUGAAUGUGUUUUUGAAUCUGAGGUUUGUUCAGACUGAAAGCAAAGCCAAGUCUAUUAAUAAUAAUAAUAAAAAAGCAAUGACAGUCCCAGUUUCACAAGCCAAGAAUUUUCUGUACAUCACAAGCCAACACUUGAAAAAAAAAA